AAAAUUCAGUUCAUAAGCAUAAGUACUCAAAUGCAGACGAUUAGUUACUUCAUCCUGUUUUACCUUAUAAACGAUGCAGAAUCAAUGUUUUUUAAUUGCAAAUCAGAUAAAGAGGUUGAAAAGCAGAGGAUCUAUGUACAAGAAAAAAUCGAUCAAGAAAAUUCAGUUUAUUUUAUCACUGACUAUUCUACAUCUUGGAUAGAAGAAUCAAUCGAUAACAUUGGCUUUUUCAUCACUAGAGUGAGCAGCAGUAAUAUAUUUCACAAAUUUCCGAUUCUAAUCAUCGACCAAAAAUUUGAACGUGGAUUUGCUAUCAAAUUGACGUCAAAUAUUUCAUAUGCAACUUUGGCAGUUCCUGAAAUUAACAAAAUUAAAAUAGACUUUGAUGCUUAUUGCAUCAUGUUUAACAACAAUCAAGAACAUUGUGGAUCUCAAUCUAAUAUAAGUAUUAAGGCUUCAUUAUUGGAUGUGAAUUUUCCUUAUGAGACAUGCUUCCUUCUCAUGAAAACUUGUCGUGUUACCAAAAAUAAGGAAGAUCUUUCAUACAAAAUAACGAAAGAGUUUCUUAUUAUGGGUCACAUCAAUAGUAUUACUCCACAAUCAUUUAUUGACAAAUGCAUGGAAAAAGUAAAGUGGAAUGUUUCUUUUUGGUAUUAUCCAGAAUUCAAAGUAAAAGCAGUUGAUGUCUGCAACUACAUCAGCUUUUAUCUCGAUAGUUGCAAAGAACCAACAAUUUUUGAUCCUAUUUUGCUAUACAUAUUAAUAUUUUUAUUGCUGGGAGUUUGUGCAUUAGAAAUUUACAAUUAUUUCGAAUCAAUUGGAUUAAAUUCUGAUUAA